CGACUUCCACACGCGAUUCCUGAUUGGUCGCCGCGUCCGACCGAGAUAAACACAGCCGCGAGUAUAGGCCUAUAUAUAUAGUGGCAUCUAAGAGAAACUCCACUAACACUUUUACGCACGUCGUUUUACGCACGCUUAAAGAUGAGAGUGCAUGUCCAGAAAUGUCCUCAGAUUCUGGAGCUACUGAAGAAGAAGUCGUCUGUGGGGCUUCAGCACUGUAAGCCCACAUCCUCCGUGUGCGUGCUGGACUCGAAGGAUGCUGGCGGGAGCGCGCCAUGCGCGCACAGUCUCGACUCCAUUCCUGGACCAACAAACUGGCCGCUGUUCGGCAGCCUCAUCGAGGUGCUCCGGAAAGGAGGCUUAAAGAGACAACACCAGGCGCUGAUCAAUUACCAUAAGAAGUUUGGGAAGAUCUUCCGGAUGAAGCUGGGCUCUUUUGAGUCGGUUCACAUCGGGGCUCCAAGUUUAUUGGAGGCUCUUUACAGGAAGGAGGGCAGCUAUCCUCAGAGACUGGAGAUCAAACCAUGGAAAGCCUACAGAGACAUGCGGGACGAGGCUUAUGGGCUGCUCAUACUGGAGGGGAAGGACUGGCAGCGGGUGCGCAGCGCUUUCCAGCAGAAACUCAUGAAACCAACCGAAGUCAUGAAACUGGAUGGGAAAAUCAAUGAAGUUUCAGCUGAUUUGAUAAAGAGGAUCGGAAGAGCCCAUGUCAAUGGAAAGAUCAAUGAUUUGAGUUUUGAACUGAACAAGUGGUCCUUUGAAACCAUUUGCUAUGUGCUUUAUGACAAACGUUUUGGGCUCUUGCAAGACAGUGUCAGCGAGGAGGCCAUGAAUUUCAUCACGUCGAUAAAAACGAUGAUGAGCACCUUUGGAAUAAUGAUGGUGACGCCCGUGGAGCUUCACAGGAUCCUGAAUACGAAAACAUGGAAAGACCACACAGCGGCAUGGGACCGUAUUUUUAGCACAGCUAAACUUUACAUUGACAAGAACCUGAAGAGGCACUCGGACGGCAAAGCGGACAAUUUCCUCUGCGAUAUCUUCCACCAGAACCACCUCACCAAGAAGGAGCUGUACGCCGCCACAACAGAACUGCAGGUCGGAGGAGUGGAGACGACGGCUAAUAGCAUGUUGUGGGUUAUUUUCAACCUCUCCCGAAACCCCUGCGCCCAAGCAAAACUUCUGAAGGAGAUCCUAGACGUGGUGCCUGCUGGGAAGACGCCUCGUGCCGAACACAUCAAGAACAUGCCCUACCUCAAAGCCUGCCUGAAGGAGUCCAUGAGAGUUUCACCCUCUGUGCCGUUCACCAGCCGUACCUUAGACAAAGACACCGUGCUGGGCGAUUAUACUCUGCCUAAAGGAACCGUCAUGAUGAUCAACAGUCAGGCUAUCAGUUCAAGCGAGGAGUAUUUUGACAACGGCAAGCAGUUCAGACCAGAACGCUGGCUUGAAGAUAAAGGCUCCAUCAACCCGUUCGCCCAUGUUCCCUUCGGGAUCGGAAAGAGGAUGUGCAUCGGCCGGCGUCUCGCUGAGCUACAGAUCCAACUGAGUCUUUGCUGGAUACUACGUGACUAUGAGAUUGUGGCCACAGACCAUGAGCCGGUGGAGUCGCUGCAUUCAGGAACACUGGUUCCCAGUCGAGAGCUCCCAGUGGCUUUUGUCCCCCGAUGAGAUAUCUUGUACCAGUACUAACCUGAACCAAUGACUCCAUAUCAAUGGAUCAGACACAUUAUGAGACCUUUAUAUUGCUGCUAACCUAUACAGAAUGUAUCAGUCUCACACUUCAAAUAUACCUCAAACUAUUAGUAUACAUACAGUAGUAAAUAUGAUUAUUCUAUUUAUUUACUUUAUGGAAAUGACAGGCUAAAUUAAAUAUUUAAGGUUCUCAUAAUUGCUGCUACCUACUAUAUUACUACAGU